UGACACUGACCACUUUGGGAGUUGAGCCACUGGACUACUUCUCAUCACACAGACAGACUAGACAUGGGACUGAAUAGCGUUGAAAAGCUGGUAGGUUGUUUCUCGCGUUUGUCAUCAGGAUUCACAUAAUCCAUGAUUUCCUCUGGGUUUGUGCUGUCUGAAUGUUGUUGCUGACAGUAUUAGACUCUGGUUGAUAGCCUUGUGACACUAAGGAGAGUGUCACUGCAUUCUGAGAUGAGUUUGAGAAAGGUUUCUUUCUCGGCUAUAUUGGCUAUAUAAAGCCGAAUUGGAAUCCAAGUAGGAGUCUCUCUUGACAGCGGUUAAGUGCUGAGCAAUUAACCGACAUUUCAGUUAUUUUUCGGGUUUAAACAACUAAUUGACCUACUUCAGUUUAAUUAUUAGAAUUUAAUUUCGUUCUAUUCUUUUCUGCUAGCUCAAUGCACACAUUGCACAGUAAAAAAAAAAGGAUAAAUCAUAUCAGGCCCGAACUGUGCGAUGUAGUAGGGAGUUGUAGUUUCCAAAAGGCAACAUUCUAUAAAGUUUAAUGCAGAAAACAUGGUAAUUAAAUACAAUGAACAUAAUCCAUUGCCCGCCUACUUUUCCAGUCUGUGUUUCUUUUAUGCCUGUAAAGUAGACAGAAGAAUGCAUGAUCAAGAGCAGUUGCUCUAGAGGUAUCUACCUGAAAAUACAUGAUCUAAGUGAUUGAUAGUUGGUAUUCAGCAGUCAUAAAAGUAUGCCUUAUUUACUUUGAAGAACUACUAAAAUUGUGAUUUUGUCAGACAGCAUAGGCAGCAGCUCUAUAGAAAUGAGAUGAUGACUUGAAAUGAAAUAAUAAAGUAAUAAAUAAAAAAACGUAAUAUUGUAGUGUUUUUUAGGUUUAAAAAUGCGUAUGAAGUUGGUAAUGUCGUAUUUUCCCUCGUGAAAAAUGUAUCAACCCCUACAAAAAUGUCCAUUAAUUAUAAUCCACAUAAUAAUUCACAUUUCCUGUUUCUGCAGGAUUAUUUUCCUGCUAUAGCAAACUGGCUCUAAUUAAGAUCCUACAAUUAACAGAAAAUGAUGGUUUUCAUUUGGUCCAAAAUAAUCCCGCAGUUGGUAGCCUGCCCAGUCACCUAACAGAGUUCACUUUGAUUAGUCUGUAAAUGAGUUGGACACACUCCUCUAUCACCAACCUCAAUCCUUCAUUGUUCCUUGAUUAAGACAGAAACAUCUCACAAAGGGAAGGCUUUGGUAUGGAUGGCUACCUGUCCUCCAUUCUGCUUUUUCCUCUCUUGGAAUAGAAAGUACUGCUUAGGAGGAUGGUCAUCUCAUCUCCAAUCUGUUUUCUCUCCUAGGUCACUGGUAAGAGGUGUGAGGGACAGGAGGCAGGCGAGCACUUGUCGGAGGCGUUUUCAAAGAGUGUGUACGAGGCAGCCAUCAACCAGGAGAAACAGGAUGCUCGGAGGUCACACAAAGACCUCAUCCCAGAGGAGAAUGAGAACAGAACUCAGGAGGAGAUCACAGUUGUCAAUCUCAAUGUGACUUUUUACAGCACCUCAUAUGCUUUGUACUCAAUUAGAAACACUGAACAUUCUACUCACCUUCCAAAUGCUUGAUUGCUUCCGAGCCAUAUCAUCCAUUUAAAAUGGACCUUCUGUAUACCUUGUUCCUUUUCAGACAGACAAAUCAGGCCGGGUGAAGAUAGAGACCGUGGACGACCUUUUCAACAUCUUGAAACUGAGGAAGAGGAGGAGGGAGAGGAAGGUGCAGAACAAGAAAGUACCUGAGCCAGAGAUCAUUGUACGUUCCACCACUUCCUGCUCACAAUCUCUCUCUCCCACUUGCUUAAAGUUCCUGACCAUAAUCAAGAAGAGGGAAUUCAAUACAAAAGGCCAACAACAGAUUAAAACAAGUCAAGUCAAACUACACUAAACUAAUGUAAAAACAAGUCUCUUUUCGUUGUCACACAGCCCGACACAGUGGAUCAAGACACGUUCCUGAAAGCAGCUAUGGAGAAUAAGCUGCCUGUGAUUGAGAAGUACCUCUCAGAUGGAGGUGACCCCAACGUCAGUGAUUAUGUGAGUACCGCAUCAUGUCUCUCUUAUGAUGAUACAUGGACUGCCAUCUAAGUCAGUCUUUUGACAUGCCAGAAGCUACAUUGAUUGAGAUACUACAUUUUUAGUUACAGGCAGCCGAGGGCCAAUAUAGCCCUAGUCUCACAAUGCCAUUGGACACUGUUAUGUGAAUUAUUUAACAAACUAUUUUAGUGUCUCUGUGCGUCUCCCAAAAGGUUGUAAGUCUUUUGGGAUUUAAGUAACGGCCAGAGUCCCGGUCUGCAUAGUCAGAGAUAUUUAUUCAUUGAGAAUUCUGCCAUCACAAUUUCAGAGUCCAUCUUUUAUACUCAUACGUCAUACAAAAAGAAAUCCCUCCCCUCUGUAGGCGGGCUGUAGUUUUCCACUCUAAAACUGCUCUACUGACCUUCAGUUCACACACACACACAUAUACACACAUUCAUACACACAUACAUACACACACACACAUAUCCUACUCCCUGCAUUACUCAGUUAUUGCCGUUCUCACAAUAUUCUGCACCAUGUUUUCAUAACAGUUUCUCCCCUCCCUAAAUUGGGAGGCCUCUUUAUCUUAGUUUCUCAGUUGUCUUUGUUGUCUGGCCUAACUCUUACUCACAUUGCUAAAUAGUGGCUCAAUGCCAUAGCCUUUACUGGUCCUACACUCACACAUUUCUAACACAUUAUACACAGUUUCAGGGUGUAAUAAUUAGUCAUUAAUAAUUAAUCUAUCAGACACGAAACAGGCAGCCGAGGGCCAAUAUAGCCCUAGUCUCACGAUGCCAUAGGACAAGUAACAGCCAGCCGAGGGCCAAUAUAGCCCUAGUCUCACGAUGCCAUAGGACACGAAACAGGCAGCCGAGGGCCAAUAUAUCCCUAGUCUCACGAUGCCAUAGGACAAGUAACAGGCAGCCGAGGGCCAAUAUAGCCCUAGUCUCACGAUGCCAUAGGACACGUAACAGGCAGCCGAGGGCCAAUAUAGCCCUAGUCUCACGAUGCCAUAGGACACGUAACAGGCAGCCGAGGGCCAAUAUAGCCCUAGUCUCACGAUGCCAUAGGACAAGUAACAGGCAGCCGAGGGCCAAUAUAGCCCUAGUCUCACGAUGCCAUAGGACACGUAACAGGCAGCCGAGGGCCAAUAUAGCCCUAGUCUCACGAUGCCAUAGGACAAGUAACAGGCAGCCGAGGGCCAAUAUAGCCCUAGUCUCACGAUGCCAUAGGACACGAAACAGGCAGCCGAGGGCCAAUAUAGCCCUAGUCUCACGAUGCCAUAGGACAAGUAACAGGCAGCCGAGGGCCAAUAUAGCCCUAGUCUCACGAUGCCAUAGGACACGUAACAGGCAGCCGAGGGCCAAUAUAGCCCUAGUCUCACGAUGCCAUAGGACACGUAACAGGCAGCCGAGGGCCAAUAUAGCCCUAGUCUCACGAUGCCAUAGGACAAGUAACAGGCAGCCGAGGGCCAAUAUAGCCCUAGUCUCACGAUGCCAUAGGACACGUAACAGGCAGCCGAGGGCCAAUAUAGCCCUAGUCUCACGAUGCCAUAGGACAAGUAACAGGCAGCCGAGGGCCAAUAUAGCCCUAGUCUCACGAUGCCAUAGGACAAGUAACAGGCAGCCGAGGGCCAAUAUAGCCCUAGUCUCACGAUGCCAUAGGACAAGUUACAGGCAGCUGAGGGCCAAUAUAGCCCUAGUCUCACGAUGCCAUAGGACAAGUAACAGGCAGCCGAGGGCCAAUAUAGCCCUAGUCUCACGAUGCCAUAGGACACGUAACAGGCAGCAGAGGGCCAAUAUAGCCCUAGUCUCACGAUGCCAUAGGACAAGUAACAGGCAGCCGAGGGCCAAUAUAGCCCUAGUCUCACGAUGCCAUAGGACACGUAACAGGCAGCCGAGGGCCAAUAUAGCCCUAGUCUCACGAUGCCAUAGGACAAGUAACAGGCAGCCGAGGGCCAAUAUAGCCCUAGUCUCACGAUGCCAUAGGACAAGUAACAGGCAGCCGAGGGCCAAUAUAGCCCUAGUCUCACGAUGCCAUAGGACAAGUUACAGGCAGCUGAGGGCCAAUAUAGCCCUAGUCUCACGAUGCCAUAGGACAAGUAACAGGCAGCCGAGGGCCAAUAUAGCCCUAGUCUCACGAUGCCAUAGGACACGUAACAGGAAGCCAAAUGAAUGUGUCUACCCUCCCUGUCUUUUACAGUUCCUAAAGACAGCGCUACACAAAGCCUCAUCUAAGGGCCAUGUGGAGACUGUGAAGAAACUGCUGGAGGCUGGGGCUUCUAUUGAGAAGAAAGAUAGAGUAAGUUCUCUCUCUGUUACACUUACUCAUCAGAGCUCUAUUUACAUACAUGGGAAAAGGUUCGGAAUGGAUGGGAACUGUCAUCAUCCUCUGUUUGUAUUUCCCACUCCCUCCAGUUGGACGCCACAGCAGUACACUGGGCCUGCAGGGGAGGCAGCCUGCCUACUCUGGAGCUGCUACUCAAUGAAGGAGGGAGGUUCAAUUCCAGAGACAAGGUACAGCACUGAGACAGAGAGCCCUUAAACCCCAUUUGUGAUGCCCAACAUUAGAAACAUAUGCUUUGUGAUCUGACUUCCUACUAUCUCUGGUUUCUCUCAGCUGUGCAGCACUCCUCUCCAUGUGGCAGUGAGGACUGGACAUUAUGAAUGUGCUGAGCACCUCAUCCACUGUGGAGCAGACGUCAACGCUAAAGACAGAGUAAGACAUACAAACCCUAAUAUGACAGAAUACAACCAUUAAACUCAUCUCAGAGCGGUUUUACUAACCCACCACUAUGGUAUAGUUGGUUGUGUUGCUAAUAACUGUUUCUGUCCAGGAUGGAGACACACCCAUACACGAUGCUGUGAGGAUAAACCGAUUCAAAAUGAUCAGGCUGCUGAUGAUGUAUGGAGCCAGUCUUAAAACUAAGAACAGCGUUAGUACUCUAUAAUCAUCCAAUUCUCAUCUUUUCACAUUCAUUCAGCAUAUUCCAGUUAGAUUGGUAUGAUUGUUAGUGGCAUUGUGUGAGCAUAGCACCCCCUACAGUGCAUUGAUGAAUAUUGAUGUUUGAUACGGUAAGGUGAUCUAUUUUUCAAAUGCUUAGUUUAUUUGAAUGUUUGUGUUUUUUUCCAUGCAGGAAGGCAAGUCCCCUAGUGAGAAUCUUCUGGCAUGGCAGAGUGGUGCUAAAAACAUCCUGUGUAACGUCAACAAUGACAAAUCUGUCAAGUAGAGCAAUGACUGAGGUCAUUCAGAUGAUCAUUAAUAUGUGAUACUGAUCGAUUUGUUGAACGCUGAUAUUGCUGGCCAAUGUUAGGGCUGUAGCUUCCAUCCAUUUUGAUGUUGUGUUGAAGUUGUCUAUUGAGAUUCUGGGGAGAUGUAUGUGAUCGUUGGUUAGUGAGCAAGACAAAUGUAACGGCAUGAUACUGUGGGACUUUAAAAAGUGACGUGUUUACAGUACUACAGUAUACUUUGAACAUUCAAAAGAGUUUUAACCAAAACUAGUUUCUGGUUACAUUCACCUGUUUAAACACACAGACAGACGUGAUAGCAGUGAGCUGGUAAGGAAAGUUGCUGUUGGUUAAGAGGAUGUUUUGAAUAGGAAAUCGUUUGAGUAAUAUUUUUGAUGUUUUUUUAGAAGAGACUCUGGAAUGCAAAGCGUCAAGAGACCUCACUGAGUUUUGUAUUUAUUGUAAAGUUCAUCUGUAUAUUUUGCUUGUUAUUUAUCGUUUAAUUCCAUAAACCAAUCUGAUGUUUUAAAAUACUUUUUUUGUGAGCCAUUGUAAAUAUUUUUGUUGUUUGAGUCUCUGUAAACAAACAAUGUAGCCUAUAGCUUCAAAAUAUUAAACUGGGUGGUCCUUGCAUUCAUAGCGCCUCUGAAUUUGAGAUUGGAUAGGUUUACUUUGGCUUCUCCAGCCCCAUACCUCAGCUUUAUAGCAAAUCAAGUGAAGGGGCUGCUGUUUGGCUGAAACAGGAUUGUGUCUUUAAAAACAGAAAAAGAAAGAUCGGUGUUGAGGCAGAGAUCAAAGUAACUCAUAGGAAAGUUGGGCGUAUAGAUAAUAUCCUAGGGAGGCAGAGGACAAGAGGAUCCAGGAGAUGAGGAAGUUUGCCUACAACUGCGAGCAAGCAACACAAACAGCAAACCCAAGUGGUAAAAGAACCCAGCUAGCACAUUUGGUUCG